AUGCGCCCAAGACUAAGAUUGUUCUACUCAGCUAUGAUGGUCUCAUUCAUCCCUUUCAUUCUAAAAUAAACCUUUGAAAAAUGUAUUCAAUUCUUCAUUACCUAGCACUCACUAAUUUAAUACAUAGAUUUAGGUACUGAUGAUUUUAGAAUGAUUUACAGAUAAAAUAUGCCAAUAGGGUUUUUAGCAGGAAGUUUGACUACUUUUAUUGUCUUGAGUAGAAGGCCUGAAUAUCUUCUUUUAGGUGGAGCAAUAGGAAUGCUUCACUCUUUGCUCUACACAUGGACCCUGAGAUAUCAUAUCACACAGAAAUACAAGGAGCUACUAGUUGAGGAUAAAUUCAAUCCUUUGCUAGUUGAUUAAAAUAAUCUCACUUAAGAUGAUAAAAAUAUUCUGUUCCUGGAAUAAUAAGAAUCUCAAAGAAGACUUGAUAAACUUAAUUAGAUGAAAGAGAUUAAAGAAAUCGAUUAAAGUAAAGAGAUCAAGUUUGUCAAGUCAGUCUCAUCUGAUCAAGAAAAACUAAAAAAGUGUCUAUACUAACAUCAAAUCACAUUAGACGAUAGAGAAGUGUCUCAAGACUUAAUUUACAGUAUUAUUGGAAAGAGAUUUCAUGAGUGUCUCAAAACAUAAUCAACUAAUCCUGAAUUCCAAUAGUUAUCUAAUAAAGAGCUCAUACAUCAAGUUUGCAGAAAAGAGAGGCUGACAUUUUUCAACUAUCUAAAAAUGAACACUCUAGAUGGAAAUGAGAUUAACGAAGAAACUGUUAAGGAUAUGAUCAAUAGGGAAUACAUGUUUUAUUUCAAGAGGGAUGAAUAGCCAAACAUUUAUGAUGAUGGUCUAUUGUCAUAUAUACCUUUCAUGAAGAAAUUUAGCAAGUCCUUCAGUCUUAAGUCUUCAUAACCAAAAUAGUUAUAAAUACAUUCGUUUUCAUCACAAAAUCAAAGUAAUGAUGAGUAAAACGAAAAGAAAGUAUAAACCCUUUAUGAUAAAAUCGAUCCAUAUUUGAGAUUAGCUAGAUUUAAUAGAUAAAUUGGAACUUAAUUGCUUCUUUUACCCUGCUAUUGGGGUCUUGCUCUUGGAUCUCCUACACUAAUUCCUUCAAUUAAGAUGAUUAGUUUGUUCACCUUUGGUGCUUUAGCUACUAGAUCUGCUGGAUGCAUUAUUAAUGAUUACUUAGACAGAGAUAUUGAUAAGCAUGUUGAAAGAACAAAAGCAAGACCACUCACUACAGGCGAAUUAACUCCAAAUUAAGUAGCUGCAUUUUUUUCUGGGUUAAUGGCAAUUAAUUUUGGAGUGUUAUUUUCAUUGCCUUGGGAAUGUGUAAAAUAUGGGUUGAUGGUGACUCCUGUCGUCUUUAUGUACCCUACAUUCAAAAGAUUUUUCCCUGUGCCAUAACUAGUUUUAGGAGUCGCAUUCAAUUCUGGAGUUUUUAUUGGAUAUGCUGCAGUAGCUUCACAACUUGCAGCAAACCUUUCAGUUUGCUUGCCCUUUUAUUUGGGUGGAAUCCUAUGGACUAUCAUUUAUGAUACUAUAUACGCUUUUCAGGAUAGAGAAUUCGACAAAAAACUUGGAUUAAAAAGUGCUGCAAUAACUUUUGAAAACAAUCCUCAUCAAAUACUAUCUGUAUUGAGUGGCUUAUCAAGUUUAUGUUUUCUAAUAGGAGGAAUAAAUGCUGGAUUUGGAAUGCCAUACUUCUUAGGCCUUUCUACAGUGAUGGCUCAUUACGCCUGGUAAAUGAAAACCCUUGAUAUUAAUGAUCCCAAAAAAUGCUGGAAUCUUUUUACAGCGAAUAGGUAUCUUGGAUUGCUUUUAACUUUAGCGAUUUUACUAGGAAAGUCUUAAUAACUAAGUAAAGAUGAUUAGAAAAUUGAAUAAAACAGUUGA